CAUGCCCAGCACUUCACAAGGAAGCAGCUCAUGGCAAUCCCUGCCUAAAUCUGCUUGGCAAUGAAGACCUCCAGAACCAGAGUUCCUAAAGCAGCAAACCUGCCGCGGCAUCACCGGCAAACUGCUGCUUAGGGAGGAGAUUUCUGUAACAUCUGGAAGAGUUUCCCUCUGCUCCCCUGGUGCUUUUGGAGGCUGAGCUGUCAGCAGGCAGGAGCCCUGAGGUGUGGGCAGGACUGGGAGCAGAUGGAUCCCAGCAGCAGCAGCUGCAUGAGCAGCCCACAGCCUCCCCCCCUGCUCUGGGGCUGUGUGAGGAGCUCCCAGCCCGAGCUGAGCUCGGCUCCAGGGCUCAGCCACUACCCAGCAGCGCCCUUCUCCUUCCAGCAAAAAGCAGAUUUUGCUGCUUACCCUGAUUUCUCAGCCUCCUGCCUGGUGCCAGCUGCCCACAGCUUCCCCCAGGAGCAGCACCCCUCGUUCCAGCACCCCUCGUGGCACCUGGCAGCGCCUGAGGCCACCAGAGGAGCAAACCCAGGGCUGGCCUUGGCUUCUGGAGAGUCAGAGGGCGGCAGCGCCAGCCUGGGGAGCGUGGCUGUGGAUGAGGAUGAUGAGGCACCAGCAAAUCCUACAAGUGACUCUGAGAAAAAGCCGUCCAGAAGGAAAAAGGAAAGCUCAGAGAGCCAGAUCUCCAGCAAUAAGGCAGAAAGCAGCUGCAGAUCGCGGAAGGAAAGGACAGCAUUCACCAAGGAGCAGCUGAGGGAGCUGGAAGCUGAAUUUGCCCACCACAACUACUUGACAAGGCUCAGGAGAUACGAGAUAGCUGUGAACCUGGAUCUCACCGAAAGACAAGUCAAAGUGUGGUUUCAGAACAGAAGAAUGAAGUGGAAACGUGUUAAAGGUGGGCAAGCAGUGCCCCCACACGAACAUGACACAGAGGAUGUGGACUCUGCUGCCUCCCCCAGCUCUGAGUGAUCCCUGCAGCAACGGGAGACGAGUUUGGAGAAAAUCAUUGGUUGGAAUGUGGGUGCAAACUGCUUAAAAUCAGCUACACAAUGAGGUUACAGAGGCAAUUAAAGAGCACAAGGGGAAAAAACGCCAAAGGACAGCAUGGUUUUGAUUUUUGUCUCUCAAACUGUCUUACUACCACAGAUGAUUCUAUAAAAAAAAAAAAAAAAAAAA